AUGUCGAUGGUCUAUGAUUCAUUUUUAUUGUUUGGUGAUUCUAUAACUGAAUUCUGUUACAAUUCAGAUAUGGAAAAUAUGCAAGGUACACAGUUCACUUUAGGGGCUGCUCUGUCUAAUGUUUAUACCAGAAAAAUGUCUAUAAUUCAAAGAGGUUUUUCUGGUUAUACAUCAAGAUGGGGGGUUAAGAUACUACCAAAGGUAUUAGAACAAGACUCUAGUAUUAAAAUUGCAUACAUUUUCUUUGGAUCUAAUGAUGCUUCCAGCGGUGGCUUACAACAUGUCCCUUUAGAGGAGUAUAAAGAGAAUACCAAAAAAAUGCUUCAUAUGUUGAAGAAAAAGGGUAUAAAACCAAUCUUAAUAGGACCAGCUGUCCAUAAUCUCGAAUAUUGGAAUUCUACAAAGCCGGAAGAAGCUGCUUCGGGAAAUUUCCGUACAAAUAAAGCUUUUAAAGCAUAUUCAGAUGCUUGCAGUGCACUUGCUAAUGAGGAAGGUAUACCAUUUGUUAAUCUAAACGCAGCAUUUACAAAAGCUGGUGAUGAUAGUUGGAAAAAUUUAUUGGGUGAUGGUUUACACUUUAAUGGUGCCGGGUAUAAAGUAAUGUUCGAUGAAUUAAUGAAAGAAAUCAGUAACCAUUAUCCGGAAUAUUCUCCAGCUAAUAUGGCUUAUAAGUUACCAAAUUGGAGAGAGAUCAGUCCUUCCGGAGACUCAUUAGAUAAAUUUUUGUAG